GUGAGGAAGCGUAUCGUUCGCUGCCAGGCGCGGCGAGCCUGCGUUAACAGAGUCGGGCUGCGUUGGUGGGGAGAGGCCGGCGUAGGUUGCCGCGGCCCGUGCGAAGGAGCGGGUGCACGGCUUUGCGGAGGGGGAGCGACCCGCCGGCCGGGGCCCGUGAAUGGAGGAAGGUGACGCUGCAAACCGAGAGCAGAUAUUCUGGUGAGAUGUUUAACCGGUAUGUUCAUGAGGCUGACAAGUCGGUGGUGAGCCAGAUGCAGAAGAAGUACUGGAAGACAAAGCAGGCACUCAUCAAAGCAACGGGAAAGAAAGAAGAUGAGCAUGUGGUGGCUUCUGAUGCAGAUUUGGAUGCAAAGCUAGAGAUUUAUCGUACAAUACAGACAUCCUGCAUGGAACUUCUGAAAGUGAUUGAGAAAUAUCUGCAGAGACUUAACUGUCUAUCCCAGGAAGAGAAUGAAUUGGGCAUGUUCUUGAAGGGACACAGCGAGCAGGAUAAAACGCCAGCGGGGAAGAUGAUGAAUGCUACCAGCAAAGCCUUGUGUGGUUCUGCAAAACAAAGAUUAGCUUUGCGUGUUCCACUACACCGCCUGGGACAGGAGGUGGAAACGUUCCGUCGCCAGGCGGUCUCCGACACACUGCUCACUGUAAAUCGGAUGGAACAUUCUCGAACCGAGUAUCGGGGAGCACUGCUCUGGAUGAAGGAUGUCUCUCAGGAAUUAGACCCUGACACCUACAAACAGUUGGAAAAAUUCAGGAAGGUUCAGGCCCAAGUGCGGAAUACAAAGAUGCAGUUUGACAAACUAAAGAAUGAUGUGUGUCAGAAAGUGGACUUGCUCGGAGCGAGUCGUUGCAACCUGCUCUCCCAGUCACUUGCUGCUUACCAGAGUACACUACUUCACUUCUGGGAGAGAACCGCCUGCAUGAUGUCACAGAUUCAUGAUUGCUUCAAGGGCUAUCAGCCUUACAAAUUUUCCGCACUUAAGAGUUUACAGGACCCUUUUGAUCAUCUGACCAAAGAGGAUCUUAUCAAGAGUAACGAGAAAGAGAAGGAAUGCAUAUCUAAUCAAGUAGACAAAUUAGUGCUGUUGGAUGAAGAUGAAGAACCAGAAGCUUCUGAAGGAAAGCAGAGUGAAGUACCAGUGAACACUGCAAGCCAGGAUCCCACACAGCUAUCUGCAUUGGAACCUUCCGGCAACAAAAUGGAUUUCUACGAGUCAUUGCCAAAGGACCUGCUGGGAGACAUGCUGGAGAAUGAUGAUCUGGAGAGGCAGGAGCUGACAUUCCUGAAUGACCUGCUGAACCACAAUCCCAGUGCAGCCGGUGACUUCAGCCACGAGUGGCAGAGUACGUUUGAGAGCUCUGGGCUCAGUCCCAGGACGACGAUGGAAGGUGCUGACGUCAAAGCAGCUGAAGCUCCAGCGGGUUUCCUGCCAUCCCAGCUCUUCGAUCUCAGCCACAACACAGCAGGAGCUUUCAUUGGUUGGACUGAUCCCCCCAAACUGCAACCAGUACCACAUCCACUCCCACAAGAGCCAGAGCCAAAAGUACCAGCGCAUCCAUUCCAGAACCUACCAAAGGUCCCAUCGAAAGCUGAUAAGAACACACCGGACAAGUCAAUCUGGUUUAAUCUGUUUGCGGAUCUGGAUCCCCUCUCAAACCCUGAUGCCAUCGGUCGAACAGAUGAAGAGCUGCUUAAUGCUUGAGGAUGGAUUUGGGUGGGAGGGAUAAAGGAAGCAGCUAAAUUAUACAGCACUCGAUUGUCUCAUUGCUGCAGUUACCUAAUUUAUAUUUACCAAAACACUAUGACUGUAAAUAAAUUAAAUUAGAAAAUGAGGGGCAGGGAUGGAUAAAUUGAAAGUUAAAAAUCUGCUGAACUCCUGCGAUAUGAUGUUAGUGAUCCCAAUAUCUUUUUCGGUUUCACAUCUGGCUAAUGCUGCUGAAAUCCCAGAUUGGUCUUGGGUGUAUAGCUAUUUCCCAGGGGUUGGUUCACUGGGUACAUGACGGGUCCUGGGUUGUGUCAGCACAGCACAUGUGCAUCAUGACCUAAAACAGCCCAAGCCAUUCUGCUGGUUGUGGAGGGACCACUUGCUGAAGAUAAUGAGGGAAAUCGCCUACAUUCUAUCAUACUGUAUUAUUUUACAGUAAUAUUUUAUCAAUUAUAACACUAUCCUCAAAGGGAACCUUAAUGGUAUUUUUAUAGAUGGAAUGAGGGAAUGUUUGAAUGUAUAAUUACUGUCUAUUCUUAAGUUUUGUCUACUUGUCUUUGUCAUUUGGACCGAUUUAAAAAUAUGAAGUGAGCAGUUAUGUUCUAUUCUGCCUGAAUGCUUUAGUUUCUCAUCGGUAAAGCAUUCCUUUUAGUACCAGACAGGAGCAGCCUUUUGCCUGUUCUCCCUGUAUCUACGUUAUGUAGAUUUAACUCCCAUCAACUUCCACAUUUUUAUUGUUGCCUCGUAAGGUGUGACUCCACAAUUGGCCCAAAGCCACGGAGAGGGCAAGAUGCACUCCAAUUGAAUAUUGCUUUGAGAGGUGGAAGGGAAACAUUAUUUUCUGGGUGUUAAUAGUAUGUUUAACAACUUGAACAAAUAAGCCUUAACCAUAUGCAGUGGGAAAAGUACCAGUCCAUAUCUAAUGCAUUCAGCACGCUGAACAGACAAAAUAAAAGCCAUUGGAUAACAGGGACCAAAUCCCAACAUUUGGAAUAUGUGCCCUGUAGUAGGGAAACUGGCUUUGGCCUUCAGCUACUCACUGAAACUUUAAGGACCAAGACAGCUAACAUAAAGAAUGACUGCAAGUAUAUCCAAGCUGCUUGGUAGUCCUUGGAUUAAAAGCAGGGGUGAAUGUUGGGAACAGUAUCAAAUGGACACUAAAAAUAACGUAUGGGACAUAGAACAGUACAGCACAGGAACAGGCCCUUCGGCCCACAACAUCUGUGCUCAACAUGAUGCCAAGACCAACUCUUACCUGCCUGCACAUAAUCCAUAUUGCUUAAUUCCCUGCAUACCCAUGUAACUAUUUAAAAAUCUCUUAAAUACCAUUAUUAUAUUUGCCGUCAUCACAAUCUCCAGCAGCCGUGUUCCAGGCAAAUCUCCUUUAAACUUUGGCCUGUGCUCCUUAAAUCUGUUGCUGGAAUAAUAAGGAAUCAGGCAGUGUUUCAAUGGAAUAAAAUUAUUUUAUUGUACAAAAAAAUAGCACUGUCUCUAUCUGAAAAAGAGUUGGUUGUUAAAACCCUUGCUAAAUUACAACGAUUACACUGACAAAUAUUGAUGUUUCAAGGAUUGAACUGAACUCACAUGGAGAGUGAACGUGCUUAUUAUAAAGAGACUGCUUGCUAGGUUGUCAAACUAAGUAAAUUAUGCACAAAACAAAAACACUUUAAAACUUGAAAUUAUCAACAAUAUGGCUGUUGGGUUGUGCAGACAAGCAGGUCCUAUGUUAAUUUUCAGGCUGGGGCAAAUGAGGGGGAACUCAAACAUUUGUCAGAAAUUUGCCAUUGGGAAUGGAUCAAGAUGGAUAUUUGAUUGAAACAUUCCUGGUACGAUGAUCUUGUUCACAUCCACCAAACUAUUUCUCAUCUACAACUCACAGAACUGCAUGGCAAUAAAACACAAUGGACCCUUACUGCAUAUGUGUUUGGGUAAACUCCAAAGUGGCACUUGCACGUAAAUCACAGUUCAACGUUCAAAUAGAGGGGUGCACCUGCUCUGAGGUAGUAUGAGAAAUCCAGUCAUCAAGACCUGGACUAGUAGUUUAUUUCAAGAAAUAAGACCCAUUAUUUUUGAAUAGACCUCACACCAGCACCUGAUUUCAAUAUUGUGUCCAUUAGUUAUUUGUUCUUUUGAGGACAUAUCAAAUAUCUCCAUAGCAGAUGUAGAGUGGUUAAAUUUUGCACUCCAAAUGGCAGAGCAGCUUGGCUUUGCAUAUCCAUUCUUAGCAAUGUCGUUAAGCUGGAGGACUUUCUGCAACCAUCUAAACUACUCCAACGAUUCGGCCAGCUAAUGAAAACAUUUAAUCAGCUACACUAUAAACACUACACGGUUCACUGGAUAAAUGAAAGAAGGGCUUAUACAGUCCUGCAUAUUGCAUUGCCAAUAUGUUUCAUCAUGUCCAGAUGCAAUAUUUAAACGUGAUGCUGUGCUGCAUUGCUCAAGUAUCCAGGAAUUUUUUUCACUGUUAGUUAUUCUCCACUUUGUCUAAUAUGCCACCCUUGGUAUAGAAUGGGAAGUGGUCAUCAGUUCAGCUCCAAGGCAUCCCUACUAUCCAUCACGUGUAUUGAGCAUCCAUUAGUCCUCACUUGUAUUCUUGGAAAAUAGCAGCAAAUGAAUGAAGAACCAGUGCCUAUAGUUAAUGGAAAGGCGUUAGAAUUGGCAAGUAAACAUUAAUGCUAUUUUUAAUCUAUGCUCAAAUUGUCAGUAAUUCAAUGGAUGUGCAGAAUAAAAAGAUAAUCUGUCAUUACCCUAAUCUUCAUGCACGUUGGAUCAAGUUUGCAAGUUUAAUGCCAAUUAAAACCUCUAUGUUAGAAAUUCUCAAUACUUGCUCUCAAAUGCUGUUUAAAUAUAUUCAUAUAUAUAUCACACAUGAAUCUACUGUUUGCAUGGACUAUUUAAGUCUUUUUCAAUUGGGGAGAUCUUAUCAGUCAAAUGAGUUGUAAUUUCAUAUACGGAAUCUCACUAAACGUUCUUAACAUUUUUUUAAAGUAGCAUUGACCCUCUACACUGGAUAAUUGUUUGUACUUUGUACUGAAUGGACCUCUGGAUACUGCCUCUUCUAUUAAAAACGUUUCUCAAAA